AUUCUCAUACAGGACAAGCAGCCUCAACAAAUGCAAUCUUCAAUGAAAAUCUUGAAGGACUUCAAUUAAACUCAUAAUACAAAAAAGUGUUGAAAAUAGUAUUUAUCCACACCAGGAUUCUACAUAGUCAUAAUAUGGGUAUUCUUGCUGUAUUUGCCCUACCAUUGCUUCUUCUAGGGAUCAGUGGAAUCAUUUAUAUUUACCAGACAGUCAUAUGGCUAGUGUCCAAAUCAGCAGUGCAAAACAAGGUGGUGGUGAUUACGGAUGCCAUCUCUGGACUAGGCAAGGAAUGUUCUCGAGUGUUUCAUUCAGGAGGAGCUAGGCUUGUGUUGUGUGGCAGAACAUGGGAGAAGUUGGAAGCCUUGUAUGAUGCUUUAAUUAGUGUGGCAGACCCCAGUACGACAUAUACACCAAAGCUUGUUCUUCUGGAUAUCACAGACACAGACUACAUUCAAGAUGUAGCUAAGGAAAUCCUGAAUUGCUAUGGUUCUGUGGAUAUACUGAUCAACAAUGCAAGUAUGAAGGUAAAAGGAGCAGUGCAGAGCAUUUCAUUGGAACUUGAUAAAAAGAUAAUGGAUGCCAACUAUUUUGGACCUAUAACUUUAACCAAAGCCAUUCUUCCCAACAUGAUUUCUAGAAGAACUGGCCAAAUAGUUUUAAUUAAUAGUAUUCAAGGAAAAAUAGGAGUCCCAUUUCGUGCAGCUUAUGCUGCUUCUAAACACGCUGCUGUAGGCUUUUUUGAUUGUCUUAGAGCAGAAAUGGAAGAAUUUGAUAUUUCUGUCAGCACUGUCAAUCCAACCUUCAUCUGUUCAUACCAUCAUCAGCCAGCACCUGGCAAUUGGGAGGCAUCAAUUUGGAAAUUCUUUUUCAGAAAGGUGACUUACGGUGUGCACCCAGCAGAGGUGGCAGAGGAAGUCUUGCGCACAGUGAGCAGUAAGAAGCAGGAGGUGCUGAUGGCCAACCCUAUACCCAGAGCAGCAGUUUAUAUUCGUACCUUCUUCCCUGAAAUGUUUUUUGCCAUUGUUGCCUCAGGGAUUAGGGAAAAACUGAAGACAGAACAAGAAAAUUGAUUUUGUAUUCUUCUCCCUGCUUAUGACCUGAAAAUAGUUUAGGUUUGAAAUAUCAUUGAUUUCUGCUACCAGCAUGGGUUGAAUAAAGCAGGAGGCUGCUACCCUAAA